CAGCUUCAGCUGCAUGAAAGAAGACGCUGACUACUUUCUUCUUCUUUCUAACUUGCAGUACAUCCGCUGUUUGUUUGACGACUCCAGUCAUCCUAGUGGUCACCUCUGGAUUCCUGAAGCUCCUCUUUGUCAGAGGACUCUUCAUCACAAAGACCUGCACCGUGGAGGAGAAACCCUGCUGCCGAGAGUUGAGCCAAGAGGGCUGACAUAAUGAAUGCCGAGCUUAUCCCCACGGUCAUCGAGAAUGUCUUCUCCUUAUUCAAGACCAUUUACUGUAUGGCUAUGAAUGUGAAGGUCAACAAGGAGCGCUGCCGAGAUAUCGCAGAGAGAGUCAGAUCGAUAGAGAGACUGGUUCUUCAAAUUCAACAAGGGGAUGGGGGCCAAAUCUCGGUCUCUCUACAGAAUGCUCUGAUGGAUCUCUGCAGCACUCUGGAGUCUGUCAAAGAGUGGAUGGAGAAAUUCUCCAAAGCUAAACGUUUCCAGAGCUUCAUCAAGUCCAACAGCCACGAGGAAAAGUUCAACAAUAUGGACAAAAAACUCACUCAGAGCUUCGAUUUGCUGUCUGGGGCUCUUCUGAUCGAGCAGCGGGACACGCUGAACAGGGUAUAUGACACUCUUUUACAAAGGCGACCACCUCAAAGCAGACCCCCUAUAUUGACUUCCCCAGAUCCAACACCUAUUCUCACAGCUGCGGUGUCUCCCUGCUCUUCUAUGCCUUUACAUGGACCAUCCAAUCUCCGACUGGACUGGAAACCUGGUUUUCUCAGUGGAAAUCCUGUCAUGAACCAAGUCCCCUCCCCAUACCUACAGGGAGCCCUGCCCCACAUCGGUUUCUCCAACGAUGUUCUUUGCGGGCCAGUGGCCCAAAUCGUAACGGUCUCCACCACGGCCCAAAGAAGCGGCAUCAGACCGAUUACCCAAAUUACUUUUCCCAGUAAUACAUCUGUUUUCAGUUAUGUUUGCAACAGUUCUUUUCAUUUGUAAAGAAGGAGACGAUGAGAUUCAAAGCACAGUAUUUAUUUUAUUGUUUUGUGGUUACGGUUUCAUUUUGCAGAAGUACAUAGUAAAAGGGAUUGCACGUUUGAACACUCUCUUCUUCCCAAACAAGCCUGGGAUAUAUACUCAACUCAGUUAGAGACUAGACAGAUGUUUGUCACUGUGUGUGCAGUUCUCAGUACGUAGAUUGUAACUCAGACGUUGGGGUUUUAAGUUUUGUUUUCUUCCCUGCAGAAUAGAGCUAAACUGCUGCUGAAACAUCAAAUUUCCUGAUAUGGUCCUUUCAUAAUAAAAGUGAUCCAACAACAUAACAAGAGGGAACAUUUAUUGUGAAGGAUUUGUCAGAAAUCAAAAUGUGUUUAGCAAUGAACAAACUGAGCUUUAACAGCGCUACAACUAGCAGAGAUUUUCUAUCACACUGUGGGAGUUUCAGUAUUUACAGCCGCUCAUUUG